AGAUCACGUGAUCCAAACCGGGAAGUAGUACGUUACACAAGAUAACUAUAUAUACAUAUAGGCCUAUCUAUCUAUACAGCAAUUACAUACAAGGACAUCUACUACAAGAAAAUCACUAAAAUAAUGAAUAUCUCUACCGAACCGUACACGGACUACCAGAACCAUAUAAAGCUGGACCAUGAAGACGAGAAUCUAUCAGCUAUGGAACUGUAUGAACGGUACCAUGACAAACUUCCUAUAGUCGUGGUCGUCACGAUUGGAAACUAUGCAGAGAUUGAUAUCGAAACUUUCGGCUCAGAACAGAUGUUCCGAUUAGCGAAAGUGUCUCGUCAACGACGUGUAAUAGCCAGAGAUAAAGAAGGGCGUUACCUUACUCUACCUGUUAAUAUUGCCAUUAAAUUCCGCCUGGUUAAGGGUUACAAAAAAGUUGGAGAAAUACAAACACUAAAGGAGAUUAUCGAGGAAAACAACACACCCAUUCAAGUCCAAUUUGCCCUCGAUGCUAAGCACCAUUCGUUUCGAAUAGGAUCGUCAGACACAUCGCUCUACACGUUUGGUAACAUUGUUAUAACAGAAGUCUACGACGAGAAAUACUUUCUAGCAAACACGUUGAAUUGUGCUGUUUUGUAUCACACCUAUAUGUUGAUACCGGUUUAUUUGAAAGAAGUGAGUUUUGCUCGAGUAACGAAGGUCCGAGAUGGAACGAAACAAGAUUGGAAGAAUUUACUGAUUGGUUUAGAUAAAGCAGCAGAAAAUUUUAAAUAUGAUAUUACGGACGGAAAUAAAGAUGUUGCCCUUCUUCCCGAGGAAUGUGCAGUAGUGACGUCGGACAAUAUAUAUGAUUUCAUAGACCCAAAGAGUUUCGUAUCUGUAUCCAAAAAAUCAAAAAAAUCCAAAAUACCGGAUGACGGAGAGUACGUGGACAUAACGGUCGAAACAACGGAAGACAAAUCUAAAAAGAAGAAGAAGGCUUCCGAGAAGCCACCAACUCUACCUGGUCGAAAUAUGAUACCAAGAAAAACAUCAGCAACGUCCUUGACGUCACCAAUUUUGUCGCCGACCACACCACCCUACGUCAAUCAGCAGAAAUCUAUGACGUCGACAGAAACUGGGUCAGGAGGCAGUAUUAUGAGUUUAACGGACGAGGGAGAUUUUGUACGAGGUUAUUCAAUACGUGAAAUUGGGGAAAGUUUGGAGAAACUCCAUUUGUCUAAAUAUAUCAAACAGCUACGCGAUGCUCAUAUAGAUGGCGCAUGUCUAUUAGAACUGGAUUCAGGAAACCUCAAAGAAGAUUUUGGUAUGAAAGGAUUCGAAGCGAAAAAGUUGAUGUUGUUUGCCCAUACAGGACAUAUUCCAAGUUAACGCCGUUACACGCGGGACAUGAAUUAUUGCAGUGUAUGUAUUACUUGCCGUGAAAUUAGAUCAUAUAUUGUAUAUAUUACUUACUGUAAAAUUAGGUCGUUAUUAAAUUACUUCAUGUAUUGUAUAUAUUACUUACUGUGAAAUUAGAUCGUUAUUGAAUCACUUCAUAGUUUGUGGUAUAAAUAUUACUUACUGUGAAAUUAGAUCGUUAUUCAAUUACUUCAUAGUUUCUAGUAUAUAUAUAUAUUACUUACUGCGAAAUUAGAUCGUUAUUCAAUUACUUCAUAGUUUCUAGUAUAUAUAUAUAUUACUUACUGUGCAAUAAGAUCGUUAUUCAAUCACUUCAUAGUUUGUAGUGUUUAUAUUAAGUUAACCUUAGGUGGAAGAGGCUCUGGUCCAUAGUUAUACAUCCUUUCAAAUAUUCUAAAGCUUUAUUUGGGCAAGACAAAAAGCACUAUUAUCCCAUGGAAAACUGCACCAGUUUGUUAUGCUAAAUACUAGAUGUGUAUGUAUUAUAAUAAUAUAGGAAUUUAAAUAACUUAUUGUUUUUGUAAAGUAUUUUUAUGUGUGGGUCCUAUCACCUUUAAUUAAAGGAAAAUAGCAGAUAUAUUAAAGUUACAAUUUCAUAUUUUCUAAGAAAGUCAAAACAUAAUUAUUUCUAUGUCUUUUGCUCAAUAGGUUGUCAACUCACUAUUAUACGAUCAUAGGUGUCAUUCUCACACUUAAACUCAUUUACACCGGAAAUAAUAACACAAUUACCUCCCAUGUUUUCUAUUCUCCACCAUGGAGUAGUUAUCUUCAAACGUUGGAAUUUGAAAUUGAAAAUGAUAUUUUUGCCAAUUUCUCAACUGACAGUAGUUCGAAUUAUAGGAUUAAUAGGAUUAUUCUUUAACAAGGUAGGACGGUUUAUGAAUACCAUCUAUUUUAAGGCUUUAUUGUAAGAAAAUUUUAAAAAUAUAACUUAAAAAUAUGAAAUUGUAGCUUUAAAUAACUUAUUGUUUAUGUAAAGUAUUUUUAUGAGUGGGUGCUAUCAGCUUUAAUCAAGGAUAAAUAGCAGAUAUAUAAACAAAAUUAUAUAGGAAGCUUAAAUAACUUAUUGUCUAUGUAAAGUAAUUUUAUUAUGAGUGGGUGCCUUUAAUCAAAGGCAAAUAACAGAUAUAGUAGCAUAAUUAUGUAGGGAGCUUAAAUAACCUAUUGUCUAUGUGACGUAUUUAUGUGUGAGUGCUAUCAGCUUUAAUUAAGGGUUUAAUAGCAGAUGAAGAGUCCGGGGCCCAAGUUCAAAAAGCAUUCUCAGACUUAAGUUAAGAAUUUACUCAACUUUCAGUCACUCUUUAUGGGAAGUAUCUUUAAUCCAGAAACACAAAACUUUGCUCAUAGUUUCUUAUAGAUGUAUUUAAUACAUUAAAACAAAAUAAAUUUUAUAAAGGGCUAUAUUUUAGAUCAAAUAAGGUGAAACAUUUUGAGUAAAUUCUUAACUUAAGUCUGGGAAUGCUUUGUGGGGAAGAACGAUCUAAGUCACAUUUUUGUCUUUUCGCAUAAAAGGCAAAACAGACUUUUGGACGAGAAUGAUUGACGCAAACAGAACAACGAGCCGAGUGGGUUUAAUUACAACAUCAAAAUGAUGUAUAAUACGAAUCAUUAUUACAAGUACAACAGCUGACUUCAACUUUUCAGCAAAAUUAAGGUUAAAUAAAGAGUACGAUAUGGACGUAUUUGUCCGGGAGGCCAUUUCAGAAGGGCCUUGGUCAUAGGCGUAGGGGCUCGAUGACAGUUAGGGGGGCAGAACCCGAAAUGCCCGAAAAAAUUUCGGGUUUACAGACAGCAGCGACCUUGUAUACCCCCCCCCCCCCCCCGAAGACAAUUUUGGAAUAUUUGACGGCUGCAAACACGUUUUCCUGCUAUUGCAGCCGUUGAACAAAGCAACUUCAAAGUGGUCUAAUAUAGCCUAAUUAAGGUGGCUGACUCGGAAAUCCAAUCAAUCGUUUACAGUCCUCGAAGACGGGACCGUUAGGAGUAAAUUUUGAAAAUUUAACUGCCGCAAACGCGUUUUCCCGAUACUUCAGCCAGUGAACAAAGCAACUUCAAGCGGUCUUAUAUAGCCUAAUUAAGGUGGCUGACUCGAAUUCCAAUCAAUCGUUUACAGUCCUCGAAGACGGGACCGUUAGGAGAAAAUUUUGAAAAUUUAACUGUCGCAAACGCGUUUUCCUGCUAUUUCAGCCGGUGAACAAAGCAACUUCAAAGUGGUCGAAUAUAUAUUAUAGCCUUAUUAAGGUGGCUGACUCGAAUUCCAAUCAAUCGUUUACAGUCAACGAAGACGGGACCGUUGGGAGAAAAGUUUGAAAAUGUAACUGCCGCAAACGCGUUUUCCUGUUAUUCCAGUCUGUGAAUACAGCAACUUCAAUUUGGUCCAAUAUAUAUAGCCUACCUGGCUGACCCGAAUUCCAAACAACCAAUCAAUCGUCGCGCGGUAUAUGGAGGCCUCACCCUCCCGGAGAAAAAUUUGAAAAAUUAAUCACCGUAAAUGCGUUUUCUGCUAUUCUAGCCCGUGUAAGCAACUCCAAAAGUAUCCAAUGGUUUUGUAACUGAAAUCCCACUCUGAAUUCUAACCAUCCAAUCAGACUGUUGCAUCUGCAUUCACAAAUAAUAAUCGAUGCCUGAAAAAUGUCGCACAAAGUAGAGUGGCUCCAGACAAAAUGUUUUAAUCCAUAGUCAACUUAGUACAAAUUCGUGAUAUUCAAUUACAAGAAAAGUAAAAUUAGUGUUUUAUUAGGGCUCGAUGACAGUUAGGGAAGCAAAACUAGAAAUGCCCGAAAAAUUUCGGAUUUAUAUAGACAGCGGCGCCGGUUUUCUUUGAGAGGCGAAUGAUCCGCCAAGAAAAUUUUGGAAUAUUUGACGGUCGCAAACGCGUUUUACUGCUAGUUUCCUCUGCCGCUUUCCGGCCCGAUGCCCGUUUUUCGGGCAAUACCGUUUUUUCGGGCAUACCUAUCAUAAGAGAGCUUCGGGCAUAUUUUCGGGCAUAUGCAGUGGACAAGAAAAAGACGAUCUCAUAGAAAUUAGUUAGUUAUAUUUUUUCUCUAAACGUUAAUAGAAAAAAAAAGGUCGUCGAAUUUUUCAUUGCCCCCCCCCCCUGCCCCCCCCUCCCCCGGCUCCUACACCUAUGGCCUUGGUUCGAUGUGACUCCGAUCGUUUUUACCUGAAAUUGAUUGUUGCACAGAAAGCUUAUACAAUUUGCUACCAGAUAACGCCAUUAACUGGGGUUCGUUGAAAAAAAGUGACUUAGACGGUUCUUCCCAGGGGCUUCUGAUAUAAUAACAGAAUUAUGUAGGGAGCUUAAAUAACUUAUUGUGUAUGUAAAGUAUGCUUUAUCUGCGAGUUAUAAAUCUAUUGUAAGUGUAAUUGUUAUUGUAUUCCAAAUCUGGUUGUACUUUAUUUAUACUGAAAUCUACACCAUCUACAAUUAUCGCUGUAAAGCGGGAGGAGGGGGGGGGGGUGGCUAAGUGGGUAAGACGCUAGAGGUCGCGCGCUCGUUCCCUGCAUUGGUCGAGAAAGUUCAUCGGGAUUUUCCGGCGCGGUUCCCCUUGUCAGUGUUGCAGGACGGAGGGCCUGGCAAUGAGGGCUGUCUAGUCGAUCGGAUGAGACGAAAACCCGAGGUCCUGUGUAUACAUUGGCGUGCACGUAAAAGAUACCUUGGCAGUUAGAAUUCGAUAUAAGGGCCCGGGCAAAAUUUCCCUCAUAGCACACUGCAUGGCUGUCUUUAUUAGCCCAGUAGGACGUUAAACCCCAUUUCAUUUACACCAUCUACAAUGAUCUCUUUAAACGGCAAUUAUUAUGAGGUCAUCGGAUUUUCAAAUAGCACAGUGAGCAUAGCUGACUAUAUCAUUCACAUAAAAGUGAGAAAAAUAAUCAGCCAAAUAGGGUGAACUUACAGAGAGAGUGAGAGAGAAAUGGGGUUUAACGUGCACUCGACACAAACUAGGUCAUUUCGGGACUAACACAUGGUUCAAUUUUAUUUAAAUAAUUCGCUUGCGCGUAGGGGUCUUUAGCAGUGGGAGGAAACCGGAGGACCCGGAGAAAACCCACGAGGUUGGACAGGCGACCCUACUCCUUGUCACGUACAACCGGGGAAUCGAAACCCCGCCAGUUAACUCAAUGACAGACCGUAUGAUACAGCGCAGCGCGCACGUGCUGACCAUUCGGCCAUCCACCCCUCCCCUCCCCCCAGCCUUAAUAGAACUAAAUGAAACGUGUUGAUGUUUACACACACAAUACAAUACCCAAUACAAUACCCAAUACAACAUACAACAUACAA